GCGCGGCUCAACAACGACCCUUCUCAUCCUCAUCCGCCUCUUCCUCCUCCACCACCACCACCAUCACCACACCCUCCUCAACACACCAAUCCUCUAUCCCGCGACCACCUCGGUCUACGCAAAUACAGCACAUUAGUAUUUAGAUCCAAAGACUCACCCGCCGCUCGCAGAAUCGUACGCAGACGCACCACCAUCUUGUCGCGAUAGAUAACCCCCCCCUCCCUCACUCUGAUACACCCACGAUGGCUGUUCGAACGCCACGUCAAGUCGGCGAAGAUGUCUGGAAAACCAGAAUCGAGAAAGUGAACGCCGAGCUCGUCACUUUGACAUACGGAUCAGUCGUCGCGCAGCUCUGCAAGGACUUUCGGAAUGACUACGUCCAGGUGAACGAGCAGUUAGAAUCAAUGGGCUACAACAUCGGCAUACGGCUCAUCGAAGACUUUCUGGCGCGGACAAACUCAGAGCGAUGUCGCUCGUUCAAAGACACAGCCGAGAUGAUCUCAAAGGUCGGCUUUAAAAUAUUCCUCAACAUAACACCCGCGAUCCUGAACUGGUCGCAGGACAACAAACAGUUCAGCCUGAUUUUCGACGAAAACCCGCUCGCUGAUUUCGUCGAGCUGCCCGAUGACGGCAAAGCCGUGAACGAGCUCUGGUACUCAAACAUACUAUGCGGCGUCUUACGAGGUGCUCUGGAGAUGGUACAAUUACAGGUGGAAGCGGAGUUUGUAAGCGACGUGCUAAGAGGUGACGACGCGACAGAGAUGAAGGUGACGCUGGUUCGUGUACUGGAAGACGAGAUGCCGGUAGGCGACGAAUGAGUGCGGUGUAAACAACUAUCUUUCUACAUGAGUCAAAUAUUAUUACAGUUCUACAUAUCAGUCGAGGGCAACCAUAUUUAUAAUCAAAAGUUAGACAACUUGUGCCAUUUUAAGAAGCAUAUUUACUUGC